AUGAGGCAUAUAGAAUCAAAGGUAGCUAAGUGCCACACAUUCCAAAACUGAACUGAGUAUGGAGACAUCUAGUGAGUAGUCGACUGCAUCUCAUUAUCCUAUUUUUUUUUAAAAACAAAUACAGCUAAAGCCCUUCAAAUUUAGUUUGAAAAUUGACUUUGGGAUCAAAUACAUCUAGGUGCACCCAAGUCAUAUUCAAAGAUAGCUAGGUGACGGAACAGCCAAUCACAGCGCUUGAAUUCUAGCAAACAAAAUGGCGAUUUCUAUACAACCGCGUUAUCACACUAGCUAUUUUUUUUUAUCGUUUUUAGUGUUUUUAGUGAAUUUUCUUGCAAAAUUUUAUGCAAAGCUAUUAUUAUGGAGGUUCCGGUACAACCAGCAAGUGUGGGCAAAGGUCGAAAACGAACACGAAACCCAGAGAACUGGAAGGCAAAUGUUGCUAAGAGAGAAAGGUUAGUGAUGUACCACGCGUUCGUAGGCACUCUACACCUAUAGAUAACUUGCGACCGCUAAUUCAUUUUUCGUACUUAAUACCAAUCAUUGUUUAAAUUGUGUUCUACUGUCAGAAAAGAAUAUUAUUUUCAUGUUAACAUGUACUGCUGUCCAUAAAAUGCAUAAGUACUAAUUACUUUUACUAUAGUAAGAAACUCUGUCUGUCUUUCUGUUAUCUUUUCACGGCUUAUCCGCUAGCUAACUACUUAUACCCUAAUAUUUUUUCGAAACUAAAAUUGAAAUAGGUAGAUAAUUUGUUUGAGGAUUUAAACUGUUAUAAUGUCGUAAACGCGAUAGUUUGUAAGGAAUUGAGGAUGGGAUGGAUGUACUAUGUUGGUUACUCUUUCAUGCAAAAACUACUAAGGGGAUUUUAAUGAAAUUUUGGGUUUUCCUACGGGAUCGAGAUAUUGUGUGGGUUAUACCUCAGGGGCCAGGGCUCAGUUAGUUAUGAUUAUUGCUGCAGGUACAGGCAAACGUACCUACCAGUACCUACAGACUACCAGUAGGUACUAUACCUAACCAGUAUAAUAUCUACUAGAUAGUAAUGUUUUAAAACGUGACUGUUCACGCGUUUAAAUUUAUGUUCACUUUCUGCUUUACAAGACCAGAUUCCUUAUUUAAAAUGUUUUUUCACAGAUACUCUUCAACUAGUUUACCUGAACGAGUUAACUGUUCGCAUAAAAACCCAAUGCUGAAAUGCACAAGCCUUACAAUGAAUGAACUUCUACAAUUUCACCAGUCAUUUUAUGCUUCAAAGAAAAAAAGCGUGCAAGAUGCUUUUCUUCUUAAGUGCUGUCAAAUUAAAAAAAUUAAAAAAAGACGCCCUACCCAAAAUAAAAGACUUAGAAGGGAUUUUAAUAUUCGGUACCGAAUUUUUAACAGUAAGAAGGAAUUUGUGACCGUUUGCCAAAAUUUUUUUUUGAGUUCUCUUAGAAUAAAGAAAUAUAGAGUGGAGUUUGUAAUGAAGGUUUUUUAUCAUACGGGACAAUGUGCUAGAGAAAACAGAGGUGGAAACCAUAAAAUAAAUAAGUAUAAAGAGCAGAAAGAUCUGGUUCGCCAGUUUUUAAUGAAAUUAAAAUGCAUAGAAUCACAUUACUGUCGAUCUGCGACUAUAGAGAGAAAAUAUCUUCAUAGUGAUUUGAAUAUAAACAAACUUUAUAAGAUGUUUAAAACCGAAUACAGUCAAUCAAUUGUCAAGAAGAGUUAUUUUCGUGCAAUAUUCAACCGAGACUUCAAUUUAGGAUUCGGCAACCCGAGAACAGACGUUUGCUCGAAGUGUAUUGAGUUGGACGGAAAAAUUAAAAUCGAAAGCGACCAGGCCAAAAAGAAAUCCCUGAUGAUCGAGAAAAGAAUCCACAAACUACGGGCAAAGGCAUUCUUUGAGUUACUUCGAGAACAGGCCGAAGAUAUGAUUACGUUCUCAUUCGAUUGCCAAAAAAAUAAUCCUCUGCCCAAAGUGCCAGAUCAGAGCGCAUAUUACAGUCGCCAAAUAUACCUCUAUAAUUUUACGAUUGUUCAGGGUUCUUCCAAAGCUCACCUGAACAAAGACACAACUUUUGCAUAUAUAUGGUCCGAGAAUGAAUUUGGAAAAACUUCCAACCAAAUAGCGUCUGCAGUGUACGACCGUUUAAAUAAGACCAAUUUUCAUGGAAUCAAUACUGUUCGUCUAGUGGCUGACGGAUGUGGCGGACAAAAUAAAAACAGUAUAUUACUAUGUAUGCUGUCAAAAUGGCUUCUCGACAAUACAUCUUUGAAAAAAAUUGAAAUCAUAUUUCCCAUCACUGGACAUUCUUUCAUGCCACCAGACCGAGUUUUUGGAAAUAUUGAAAAAAUUCUUCAAAAACAAGAAGUAAUCAUUCGGCCGCAAGAUUACAUAGACAUCAUUGCAACAAAUGCAACAGUAAUUAACAUGCGUGACAUCCAAAUUUUAGACUUCAAGACCGCCGCAAAAGAUGUUUUAAAACCGACUGCCAGAUGGCCUUUUAAAAUAACUGAAUGUAAGAGGUUCAUUAUCAAAAGAUCCAAAAGUCCUGGAAAUGUGCUUAUUCGUGGUGAACUGUACUUUCGUUCAGAUAUAGGUAAAGCAGUAAACCUCUGUAAAAUGGGCAUGAAGACCAAUAUGAUUCGCCCAUCAACCUUGCCAUUAGGAGCACCCAUAAAUCGUGCAAAAAUAACAGAUGUAGAUGCACUAUUAAAAAAGCAUUUUGGUGCUGAAUGGGAAACCAAAGAAGAAAGUCAGUUUUAUGUUAAUAUUAUUAAGUCACCAGUUAUACAAAAAAGACAAGAGGAAGAUGAUAAUGAAAAUUAUUGUGAAAACAGAGAUGAUACAACGGAUUUAAGAGUUUAAUUUUUUUAUUUUAAUAUAAGUAAGGUAUGUGCGUUUUUGUAAAUAUUAUUAAGUAACCAGUUAUUCAAGAUAGAGAAGAGAACGAUGAUAGUAAAAAUAUUGUGAAAGCAGAGGUGAAACGUGAUUUAAGAUUUAAGUUUUUUUGGAGAGGCUUGAAAAACAGCUGAUUUAGCAAUAAGUACAGUUUUUAGUGCCUAAGAAAAGAAUUUUGUUUCAAGAAGAAAAUUUGAUUAAAUUGUUUUUGUUAAAUUAAUUUUGGUUAAAUUGAAAUGAAAAGUGA